GGCGGCGGCGGCGGCGGCGGCACCGUGCUGCUGCCCUCCAUGCUGAUGUUCGGCGUGAUCCUGGCCUCCAGCGGGCUGCUCCUCAUGAUCGAGAAGGGUAUCCUGGCCGAGGUGAAGCCGCCGCCGCUGCACCCGGCGGCGGGGGAGCUCUCCCGGCGAGGCGGCGGCGGCGAGGAGGAGGAGGCCGGCGGCGAGCUGGAGCGCGAGGUGCUGCGGGACAUCCGCAACCGCACCAUCCGCGCCGUCUGCGGGCAGCGGGCCAUGCCCCGCAGCGUCUGGGAGCUGCCGGCCGGUCAGCGCCGGACGGUCCUCCGGCACCUCCUGGUCAGCGACAAGUACCGCUUCUUGUACUGCUACGUGCCCAAGGUGGCCUGCUCCAACUGGAAGCGCAUCCUGAAGGUGCUGGACGGGGCGCUGGAGAGCGUCGACGUCAAGCUGAAGAUGGACCACAAGAGCGACCUGGUGUUCCUGGGCGACAUGAAGCCGGACGAGAUCACCUACCGCCUGAAGAACUACUACAAGUUCGUCUUCGUGCGCAACCCCAUGGAGAGGCUGCUGUCGGCCUACAGGAAUAAAUUUGGGGAGAUCAAGGAGUACCAGCAGAAGUACGGGGUGGAGAUCGUCAGGCGGUACCGGAAGAACGGGGGGAACUCGGCGGGCGACGACGUGACCUUCUCCGAGUUUCUCCGGUACCUGCUGGACGAGGAGGCGGAGCGGAUGAACGAGCACUGGAUGCCCAUCUACAACCUGUGCCAGCCCUGCGCCGUCAGGUACGACUUCAUCGGCUCCUACGAGCGGCUGAACGCGGAUGCCAACUACGUCCUCGAGCGAGUCCGGUCGCCCUCCUUCGUCCGCUUCCCCGAGCGGCAGUCGUGGUACAAGCCCGUGACGGCGGAAACGCUCCAUUACUACCUGUGCAACACCCAACGCCGCCUGAUAAAAGAGCUGUUGCCAAAAUACAUCCUGGAUUUCUCCCUCUUUGCCUACCCCCUUCCCAACAUAACCAGCGAAUUCUGCAGGCAGUGAGUUGUUCAUUCCGGGAUCCGGUGUAAAUUCUGCCUUCGCUGCACGGAUUUGCUAACGCAGCCGUCGCUGCGAAUAACACGUUGCCGCAGGGCCCGUGAAACACGCUCUUCUAUGCAUUAUUUCCUAAUUUUAUACUUUUCAAACACUGUUUAUAUAAAAUAUUACACAUUGCCUUUGCUACUAGAAUACUUUUUGUAUUGUUCUGAUUUUAACGUGUACAUACGCCGCUGACUUGAGCACAAUAGCUUUUGUAUAUCUAUUUCGCUUUAAAUUCUUUUUUUUAUGACAGGACAUGAAAAACGCCUGUAAGGAAGUUGAGAAAUGGAUAUAUUUUAAGUAUUUUUUCCUCCUUUUUUGUGUUUUGUACUGAAUAGCGUGCGGCUGAAUUGCAGUCAUAACGUAGUGGUUGAUGCGCUAAUAAAAAUAUAGUGGUUGAUACGCUAAAAAUUAGCGCUGUUAAAGCUGGUCCUGGAUUAGAUGGGAGAUAGUUCUUUGGGUAUGAGUAGAAGAAAAGGCUUUUAUAAACUAGGCCCUAUUUAUCCUUUAUUUUCUCAUCUGUAGAUGGUGGUUAA